GGAGUCGACAUCCGACACAACAAGGACCGUAAGGUGCACCGAAAGGAGCCCAAGAGUCAGGAUAUCUACCUGAGGCUCCUGGUCAAGGCAUGUGUCACAACCUUCAUACAUUGUGAUUCAAGUUUACAUUAAGUUGAUUUUCCCAACUUAAUUUUAGUUUUUGGGGGGGGUUAAUUGUUAAGUAUAUGCAGCAGGUAGCUCAGACUAACCCUUGUGGACAUUUACAUUGAGUUCUCAAUAAGUUCUACUUACUAAAUGUUUACGUUCUUUCCCCACAGCUGUACAGGUUCCUGGCCCGUCGCUCCACUGCUCCCUUCAACAAGGUGGUCCUCAGGAGGCUCUUCAUGAGCAGGACCCACAGGCCUCCAAUAUCGGUGUCUCGCAUGGUGAGUUACACCUAUCCUUCCCAUAGCUGUGUUUUUAACCUGCUACAGAAUCAAAUUGCUAGUAUUGACUCAGUUGAAUGGCAGUCAAGUUCACAGAUUCAAAGAGGGCAACAGCACAAGUGGGAGGACAACUUCAGCUGGUACUCCCGCUUAUACCUGUUGCUCUACAAUGCUUUCUUGGUGUUUUUGACACUUCCUUGCUCUAACAUUCUAGUUAUGAUUUUAUUUUUACCUUUGACUCCUAUGUCAUGGUUAAUUUCCCUCCUGAGGUUUUGGUACCUUUGAGUGAGCUGGAGAUCUUUCCACCUCUUAAGUGGCUUCUUGAACAUGUCCUAGUUGGGGUGGCAGGUAGCCUAGCGAUUUAAGAGCAUUGGGCCAGUAACCUAAAGUUCGCUGGUUCCGAGCCUGCUAGGUGAAAAGUCAGUUGUGCCCUCGAGCAAGGCACUUAACCCUAAUUGCACCUGUACGUCUAUCUAAAUAAGAGCGUCUGUUAAAUGGAUUGGGUUUUCUUGAUGUUUAUUUGUAUUACUUGUUUUAUAAUGCAAGAUAUCCAUUGUCAUGGGGGAAUUGUAGGCUGGUGGGAGUGGUUAGAGGAAAAAAUUGUAACAGAACAUAGUAAUUUGAUCUCCACGUCAUCAUUGUGGUAUUACCCCAAUUGCCACUGUAAGAUGACCCACUACUUGAGUUUUCAUGUGACGUGGCAAAGACAUUUCAUUAAAGGUUAUCUAUCAGUGGUGCUUCCCUCAUGUCCAAUAUGGAACAACCCCUUGUUUACUGCAGGGAGAAAGACAUUGGCUAAUAUUACCUGGCAACGGCAAAACAUCAGUCAGGUGGGGCAGGUCGUAAGGGAUGGUGAUAUCAAACCAUUUAAAAGAGUUGAUAGCAGAGUUUGGCCUAAAUAAUAUGGCAUUUCUACCUUAUUUGCAGUUCAAAUCAAUAAUAGUGUAUUUCCUCAAAUGGUAUUGAUGUGGGAUCUAAAAGUAAUGGACAACAAACUGAGGGGUGCUGCUAAUGGAAAAGGAACGGUUUUCCCCUUAUACAAGCUGGUUGGCCUCUCCUCCCCAAACAGCAACAUCCCUACUCCGUUACAUUGGGAACAGGACUUGGGUGUAUCCGUCACUGCAGUACAGUGGGAAUGCAAUAUGGAAAAACAUUGAUAUCCAACUGUAAGGUAUACAAUUAUUCAAAUUCUCUCAUAUAGGCUUACUACACCUCAACGGUGGAUAAAAAAAAAAAUCAAAGCCUUUCAGAUUUGUGUUGACAUGGGUGAAGAUGGAACGCUAAUGCAUCUGUUAUGGAACUGUCCAGCCGUCAAAGGAUUUGGGACUGAGGUAGAUAUGUUGUCUGGAAUUUUGAAUGUGCGUAUCCCACUUUGUCUUGUAGUGUGCCUGCUAGGAAGUAGGGUGGACAAUAUCCAACCUAGAACCACGCAACGUAUCAUUGCACUGGCCUUCCUAUCAGUCAAACGAACAAUACUUUAUGAAUAGGAAAGAGCGUAAACCGCAGUGAUUCCGCAUGGACAUUUGGUUAAGGGAAUUCAUGGAUUUGUUGACUAUGGAAAGAGCAGCUUUGGCCCUCCAGGUCUAUGACAAUGGUCUACAGGGUCUCUGGGACAUGUAUAAUAAUAUAUGUAAGUAAAAGAGCAUUGCCUAAUAUAUUAAGUCUGUAUUUGUUUGUGAACUGUUACCCCCCCCAGGCUUGGCUUCUGCCAGGUCACACAGGAUGCCUGGCUUGCUGUGACAGGGCCCGCUGGGUGUCCUGUGUUUCCUGGUAAAACCCAGGCUACCUAUCCUCCCCUCCCCAUCUAUUGUUUGGAUGUCUGUCACUUUGUUAUUGUCCUUUGUAAAUGGAAAUAAAGUGUAAAUAAUAAAACAGGCUACAUACAGUAAAUAUGUCUAUUUCAGUCAUUGAAAUCUAUUUCAUGUUCAAUCAGUUAUAUUUUGCUAAUAUAUUUAAUGUGUAAUGUGCGCAAUGAUGUGCCAAAUCUGCUUUGGUGCAUUAUUAUUGGGUUAGCAUUAGAAUAAACCGCCUCAUCACCUUUGCCUGCGAAUAUUAUCUCUCUAGGAGCUGAUCUGUCGUCGGUAUGAUUUUGAAUGGAGAAAGUUGAUCUGAGGGCAGCGCUCCCUUUCUUUCGUAUUGAUCAGUAUCGAUGCAAGCUCCAACCACACACUUGUGAACGUUCUCUCUGCAUGGUGUUUUUGGGAAACUUGUGUUACAUUCGGCCGUUGUAGGAACGAUGCAUCGUUAAAACCCUCGUGAGCCUAAGUUCCAUCGCUAUUGGGAAACCGGGCCCAUGUCCCUUCCAGCUUUAUUGAUAUGAAUACACGGGCAAAGUGAAUGUACCUUCUUUCACCUGUCCAGAUUUUACUGUCAGUAUGUGGAGCAUUUAAGAUGAACCCUUAAUAUUUAUCUUCACUGUGUGGCUGUUGUCCCUGUCCUCUUCUGAACUAUUUGCUCUCCGCUUCAGAUCCGUAAGAUGAAACUGCCUGGUCGUGAGAACAGAACCGCAGUCGUCGUGGGAACCGUCACUGAUGAUGUCAGAAUCCAGGAUAUCCCCAAACUCAAGGUAAAGGUUAUAUUUUAACUUACUGGAUUCCUGCUUGGGUCAGGCUUUUGCUCCAGCCCAGCACUAACACUUGGUUUAGCCUGGGGUGUAUUUAUUACGGAAACUGUUUAAGAGCCAAAUGGAAGCAAAAGGAGCCUUUCUAUUGGACAAAUUCAGGUAGGUCCCUCCCUGUUCCCUUUGCUUCCGUUUAAGAAACGUUUUGCAAAUACACCCCUGACUGUUUUAAUCGGGUGUUGGGCUACAACAAAAGCCUUCCCACCCGGUAACGAGUUGGCUCUUCAGGACUAGGGUUGGACUACUUUCUCAGAACAUUAAAUAAGUGUUAACAUGAGUUGCUAAACAUCCUCGGUUCUCCCUUCCCUCAGGUGUGCGCUCUGAAGGUGACUGACGGAGCUCGCCGCAGGAUCCUGAAGGCUGGAGGUCAGGUCAUGACCUUUGACCAGCUGGCUCUGGCUGCCCCCAAAGGACAGGGCACCGUGCUGCUGUCGGGUAAGAACACUGCUAGUUUGGAGGAUGUGCUCACCGGAAAUUCACUACUAUUACAUGUUUAAAGUGACGGUCAUCUCUAGUUAUCACAGCCACAGUCAGAUUAUGGCUAAAUCCCGCCUAUUUCUACAAUUUCUCAUAAAAUCUGAUUUUAAACCUAACCUUAACCACACUGCUAAUCUUAGGCCUAACUAGACAACCCUGUUACUUUGGUCUGAAACGUACUUGUUUUUCUUCUUUCAGGACCCCGUAAGGGCAGAGAGGUGUACAGGCAUUUUGGAAAAGCCUGCGGAACCCCCCACAGCCACACCAAGUGAGUAUUGUACCCCUUUCUUGAGACUGCUGCUCUCCUAGGGUUUCAUUCAGUAUCUGUCAAUUGAGAGAAUGUUUUCCAAAUUGUUUGACAAGUUCGCUCCGGUUUGGUUUUCACUGAAAAUGACAGGAAUGUUUUUAAACGGAGGACACACUUUCUGAAAAUUGAGAACUUCAAUGAGAUGUUUUGUUAGUAGAUGGAAAUGUUGUGGAUGGCCCUACUUUAGAAUGAGGAUACUAGAUGUGCAUUGUGUAGAGAAGGACAAACAUGUUUCUCUUGUCGUGUAGAAUAAACAAUUGUGAGUUUGUCUGCAGUGUUCUAAUCUAUGUUUCACCUCACUGAGCCCAGUUUUGCAAAACUUGUCUGAUCGUAUUUCGGCAAUCGGAUUGAAUUAAAUGUUAUAAUUUAGUAUUUCGAAACUGGGAAAUGAGAUUCUGAUCCUCUGUAUAGGGAUUCAGAUUUUGUAAUCCAAUCUGACCUUUAAUCAGGAUGAAAUGUUUUUGCGUUUUUCAAAACUCAAAGGUAGUGAUUAGGCUAAUUUAGAUGCCGAAAAUCAGAAUGAUCUUGAUCCCACUAGAUGGAUGGAUUUAGAAAGGUGAAAGGCACUACAACCAAGAAAUGUCAAUAUAACUACGGUGAGGUUAAAAAAAUAUAUAUAUACAUUUUUUACCUCUGAAACCCAAAGGUUUAAUUGUUAAAUUGACUGCAGUAUAAGUACUGUGUGGUAAUUUGUUAUAUUGAGAAGUAGAUCCAAACUAAGUUGGGGGGGGGGGGGGGGCUUACAUGUUAACCGUGAUGGUGAGCUGGGGUGUGCAGACAGUGGAUGGUCCUUCUAUUACGUUGGAUUAAUUAUUAGAGGGGCUUGCAGCGCCAGCGAAGUGGAUACAUGCAUCUUUUCAUUUGGCUUGUAAGAACGAGCACAGGCCAAUUGACUAGGCUUUGCGGUCAUGCAGCUUCUGAGUGACACUGCCAUAGAGGAAAACGGAGCACAGUCACGCUUGCGCCUUUACAUCGCUGAAAACAGCAAGUAACAAAAAUGUCACCUUUUUGGGCACUCACCAGUUUGCAUCCCUACAAAUAAAUGCAUGUACUUAUAAGUGUUAUGCAGGCUCCAUUAUUUUUUACUCUUGAGUACCUUUUGUAUUCAGUGUUUAAUCGUCACGUACAGGGGUUGCAGGUAUAAUUGCAGGGUACAGUGAAAAUAUUAUGCUCCAACAUGCAGGACUAAGUGAAAUAAAAUAAUAAAUGGUAAUAAAAAAAACAAUAGAAAUAGCACUAUAUAUAUUAGUUUACUCCUCUCAGGUUCCCUAUGACAGUUUAGUAGUAGUACCAUAACCUGUCCAGUAGAUGGCAAGGUGUAGGUAGUCCAGAUUCAGUGAUCUUGAUAUUGUGGCAUCUUGAUCAGAAUGAUCUCAUCUGAUUAUUUUCUGGAAAACCUGGCUCAAAAACGUCCAGAUCGAUCUGAUCUUGAAUUGUAAAACGGAGGAUUCCAGAAUCCGGAUCAUUCUGAUCCAAAUACAAACUUUUGUAAAAACUGGGCCCAGGAAUUGGUGUAGAGAAAUUUGUUGGACUCAAUGUUAGUUUAUUUACUAAAUAUAAAACAUGUAUAUGCCUGGGUUCCACUAGAUUCACCUUCUCCAACCCAGUGCUAUCAUAUCAAUGAUUACUUCAAGGAAUGGAGAAGGAAAAAUCCAUCAUUUUGAAAUACAUUAGGCAUAGCUGUAUUUUGCUUGUUUUGUCCCCUGAAUAUUGAUUGCAUUGAGUUGAUAGACAAUGCACAUAAUCAACAUUAAUGCAUUAUCUGCAGAAUCUAGGAAGGUGUUUGAAACACUUAAUGGUGUAUCUCUUCUCUCCCUCAGGCCCUACAUUCGCUCCAAGGGCAGGAAGUUUGAGCGUGCUCGUGGGCGCAGAUCCAGCCGUGGAUACAAGGCCUAAAGUCUUUUUUGUUUUCCUUGGAAUCUGAUACAAAUAAAGAUAGCGAUACAAAAUGAAUCAA